AUGGGGCUCAUGAGCUUGCUGUGGACACUUGUUGCCGUCCUGAUGAUCGCCAUGGUGAUAGCCGGCGACGAGGCCUCGUUGCUUGCCUUCAAAGCAAAGGUCAGCGAUGGCGGCUCGCUGGUUUCUUGGAACGGCAGUGCCGACUUCUGCAGCUGGGAAGGUGUGACAUGCAACCACCAGAGGCCUGCACGGGUGGUGGAGCUGAGCUUGGAUGGAAGGGCGCUCACAGGAGCACUCUCCCCAUCCCUUGGGAACCUCACGUUCCUGCGGAUGCUAAACCUGAGCUUCAACUGGCUCCACGGGGAGAUUCCAGCGAGCCUCGGCAGCCUCCGCCGCCUGCGGACGCUCGACCUGAGCUACAACUCCUUCUCUGGCACGCUCCCUCUGAACCUGACCUCUUGCGUCGGAAUGAACACCAUGGCGCUAGGCAGCAACAAGCUUGGCGGUCGCAUCCCAGCUGAGCUCGGCGAAAAGCUCAUGUCCCUGGAAGCAAUCUCGUUGAGUAACAACAGCUUCACAGGGCACAUCCCGGCAUCCCUUGGCAAUCUGUCCUAUCUAGAAGACCUUGACCUAUCUUCUAAUCAUUUUGUGGGCUCAAUCCCCCCAGGGCACGGAAGCUUCCAGAGCCUGCGGCUUUUGCUUCUCUCGGACAACAAAAUCUCGGGUAUCCUUCCACCUUCUCUUUACAACUGGUCGUCACUGGAAACAUUUGGGGUUGAGUUUAAUAUGCUGCACGGGAGCAUUCUGGAUGAUAUAGGCAACAAGUUCCCCAAGAUGCAAAAUCUUGGUCUGUCUAGUAAUAAUUUCACUGGAGCUGUCCCUUCAUCGCUGUCCAAUAUAUCUGAUCUCAAGGGCCUUAUCCUUGGCGAUAAUAGAUUUAGUGGGUAUGUACCUCCAACUUUGGGAAGGCAGGGAGCUCUCCGCUUUCUAGAUUUGUCAGAUAAUAAGCUUGAAGCAAAUGACCACAAGGGCUGGGAAUUCAUCAAUUCUUUGGCAAACUGCAGCCAAAUAAAGUACCUUUUCCUAGGUGGCUACUCCUUUGGAGGACAGAUACCUGCUUCCAUUACAAACCUCUCAAAGACUCUCGAGAAGCUAUACAUACUGGAGAGUAGGGUCUCUGGGGCUAUUCCUGCAGACAUAGGCAAUUUGGUUGGUCUUGACGCGCUUGCCAUACAAAAGACUAACAUAUCUGGAGUGAUUCCACAGAGCAUUGGCAGGCUAGAAAACUUGGUCGAGCUAUCCUUUGCUUCCAAUAGCUUGUCAGGUCUCAUACCGUCAUCACUAGGAAAUCUUUCGCAGCUGAAUAGGCUUUAUGCAUACUAUGGCAACUUGGAGGGACCAAUUCCGGCAAGCCUGGGGGAGUUGAAAAACCUUUUUGUACUUGAUUUGUCAACAAAUUACCAACUUAAUGGUUCAAUUCCCAGAGAAAUUUUCAAGUUACCUAGCCUUUCUUGGUAUUUGGACUUGUCAUACAAUUCCUUCACUGGAUCCCUUCCUAAUGAAGUGGGUAGCUUGGCAAACCUUAACCAGCUGAUUCUAUCAGGAAACCAAUUGUCUGGCAAGAUACCCAACAGUAUUCAGAACUGUCUUGUGUUGGAAUGGCUUUUGUUAGACAAUAACUCCUUUGAGGGAAGCAUACCACAGUCACUGAAAAAUAUAAAGGGGCUCAGUAAACUUAACCUGACCAUGAAUAAGUUCUCUGGUAGAAUUCCUGAUGCCCUUGGUAGCAUUGGAAACCUGCAGGAACUGUACCUAGCACACAACGACUUGUCCGGAUCGAUCCCCGCAGUUCUACAAAAUUUGACAUCACUGUCCAAAUUGGAUGUAUCCUUCAAUAAUUUGCAAGGCGAGGUGCCAGAUGGAGGUGUUUUCAGAAACAUCAAUUAUACAGGAGUAGCUGGGAAUAUCAAUCUGUGUGGUGGUACACCUAAACUUCACUUGGCUCCAUGCUCCAGAAGCUCCUUCAGCAAGAAUAAGAGAAAGAUAACAAAGUCUCUUGUAGUUUUUCUAGCAACAACUGGAGCAAUCUUGUUGUCACUUUCAGUUAUUUUUCUUGUUUGGAUACUUCGCAAGAAGCUCAAACAAAGCAAGAAAAAAAUAGUGCAAGAUUCAAUCGCUGAGGACCAUUACGAGAGAAUCCCAUAUCAUGCGUUGUUGAGAGGAACUAACGGAUUUUCAGAUGAGAACUUGCUAGGGAGAGGAAGUUAUGGUGCAGUUUUCAAGUGCAUUUUGGCCAAUGAGGAAAGAACAUUGGCUGUUAAGGUGUUUAACCUUGGUCAAUCCAGAUAUUCCAAGAGUUUCGAGGCUGAAUGUGAAGCCAUGAGGAGGAUACGACACCGUUAUCUCAUAAAGGUCAUUACGUCUUGUUCGAGUGUCAACCACCAAGGUCAAGAGUUCAAGGCAUUGGUUUUUGAGUUCAUGCCCAAUGGUACCUUGGAUGGUUGGCUUCACCCAAAAUCUGAAGAGCCCACUACAAACAACACACUCAGCCUUGCCCAAAGGCUUGAGAUUGCUGUCAAUAUUGUGGACGCAGUAGAAUACCUCCACAACUACUGUCAACCAUUGGUAAUCCAUUGUGAUCUUAAGCCAAGCAACAUUCUUCUUGCUGACGACAUGAGCGCCCGAGUAGGAGACUUUGGCAUAUCAAGGAUCAUUCAGGAAAAUACAAGUGAGACAAUGCAAAUCUCAUAUAGCUCAAUGGGAAUUAGAGGUUCCAUAGGCUAUGUUGCUCCAGAGUAUGGAGAAGGCUCUGCGGUCUCACCUACUGGUGAUAUUUACAGUCUUGGCAUAUUGCUGCUCGAGAUUUUUACCGGAAGGAGCCCAACAGACGAGACGUUCAGGAAUUCACUAGAUCUGCAUAAGUUUGCCGAGGAUGUUCUUCCAGAUAGAACCUUGGAGAUAGCUGACCCAACAAUCUGGCUGCACAUUGAACAACAUGAUAACGUUACUAGAAGAAUCCAGCAGUGUUUGGUCUCUGUCUUCAGGCUUGGCAUAUCUUGCUCUAAGCAACAGCCCCGAGACCGAACAUUGACAAGAGAUGCAGCCGCAGAGAUGCAUGCAAUCAGAGAUGCGUACAUCGCGUCUGUUGCUACCUCAUAGUGGAAUGUGGAGCAGAGAGAGAAGCCUCGAAUCAAGCCAUUCAGAACCGCAUGGAACAUACAAGCUGGUACAAGACAUGAUCCUGCAAUAAUACAAUUUAUAUGUAUCAUUUUAGUUUUUAACUGUUGUCACUUCUCAGAAUUACGUUUCUU